CGCAAAUGUCUCUUAGAGCUCAGGCAGAUGCAUUUAAAGCAGAAUUUGGCACAAAGAAGGUGAAUUAAUGAUGCAGGAGGAAUUAAAUGUGAUGAAGAAAGAGGAUGCUCAUUUCAAUACGGACAAUAUACAAACUUUCCCGUUUCCCCACUGCUUGGAUCCUGUUGCCAAAUCAAACAUAGCUUCACCCCUUGAUGAAGAAUUGAGAAUCAGAACUCAGCUUGCACAGUUUGGAUAUGGCCCUAUACCAGAUGUACAAAACUUGAAUGGAUCCUUAGAAGGAGGAUCUCGUAAACGUAAAAGUAUGCCUAUAAAAAUGCUUUCUGCCGCCUCUCCAGGAGAUCCUGUGUCUUCAGUGCUCAGUCCUGAAGACAACACAACUGGAGGUUCCCCCAGGCUUCCUUUAAUAUUCCAACACCACACACAGCCAAAGUAUAAUGGCCACAUGAUUGACCUGUGCAACAUUGGAUUUCAGUUCUACAGGACCCUUGAACACUUUAGAGUGAAAGAGGAACCAAUAAAGCCCAAUGUAAUAUGGCCCAGAACCUCUGCCUUUCUGCAGUCUCCUUAUUCGUAUUAUCCCAAAGUCCAUCCUGGUCUGAUGUAUCCAUUUAUUAUGCCUCCAGAUUUUCAUUUCAGAAGACCCUUCCCACUGAAAAAGCCCCCAGAGCUCCCCUUCAGGAGCUCUGAGUUAGGAGAACAAGAUGAAAAUAAACAGAAAGUGGAAAGAGUGGAUGUUAACAUUCAGAUUGAUGAUAGCUAUUAUGUUGAUGUGGGAGGGGAGCAAAAACGCUGGCAGUGUCCUAUGUGUGAAAAGUCCUACACGUCCAAAUAUAACCUGGUCACUCACAUCUUAGGGCACAGCGGCAUCAAGCCUCAUGCUUGCUCUCGGUGUGGCAAACUUUUCAAGCAGCUGAGUCACUUGCACACCCACAUGCUGACCCACCAGGGUACCAGGCCUCAUAAAUGCCAGGUGUGUCACAAGGCAUUCACUCAAACCAGCCACCUGAAGAGACACAUGAUGCAACACAGUGAUGUGAAACCCUACAGUUGCAGGAUCUGUGGGAGAGGUUUCGCCUACCCCAGCGAGUUGAAAGCCCAUGAAUCCAAGCAUGAGAAUGGCCGGGAGAAUAUUUGCAUUGAGUGUGGUCUUGAUUUUCCAACCUUGGCUCAGUUGAAGAGACACCUAACAACCCAUCGAGGCCCUGUGCAGUAUAAUUGCACAGAAUGUGAUAAAACUUUCCAGUAUCCAAGCCAACUGCAGAAUCAUAUGAUGAAGCACAAGGACAUCCGCCCUUACAUCUGUACUGAAUGCGGCAUGGAGUUUGUGCAACCUCAUCAUCUCAAGCAGCAUUCUUUGACUCAUAAGGGUGUGAAAGAGCACAAGUGCGGGAUCUGUGGACGGGAGUUCACGCUACUUGCCAAUAUGAAGAGACACAUCUUAAUUCAUACCAACAUCAGGGCCUACCAAUGCCACCUAUGCUUCAAGAGCUUUGUGCAGAAGCAGACUCUUAAGGCCCACAUGAUCGUCCACUCAGAUGUCAAACCUUUCAAAUGUAAGCUGUGCGGAAAGGAAUUUAAUCGAAUGCAUAAUUUAAUGGGACACAUGCACUUGCAUUCAGACAGCAAGCCAUUCAAAUGUCUCUACUGUCCCAGCAAAUUCACCUUGAAGGGGAACCUCACCAGACACAUGAAAGUCAAACAUGGAGUCAUGGAAAGAGGAUAUCGUUCUCAAGGACAUGGUAGAGAAAGAAAGAGAGUAUCACAAACAGAUGUUACACGAAGCCUGGAACAGGAAGAACCAUUUGAUCUCUCUCAAAAAAGCCAAGAAAAAGUGCUUUCAUUUCAUUCUGAUGCUGGGACUACCAAAAGAAGCUCACGUCCUGAAGAGGAAGACAGCUGUCACAGGGCAGAGAGGUACAGCCCUGGCAUGUACCACAUUGACAACAAGGCAUAUCAACUACAGGAACUUGCAAGCCUUCCAGAGCAACAGACUGAAGACUUCAUAGAGUCAUCCUGUGGUGAUAAAGAGAGACUCCUGAAUGGAGAAAGUGAGAAGAGGAAGGAAAACAAGGAGAAAGAAAGCCAGCAAGAGGAUAAACAUGAGGAACACCUGAGCUUUAGAUGCUAUGAAAAUAACAGACUCACUCACUCUUUCUCUGACUACCUAUAUUUUCAACACAGAAACAAGAGUUUAAAAGAACUGUUGGAAAGGAAAAUGGAAAAAGCAAGCUGUAUUGCUGGGAAUCUGAAUGGACACUUACCCUUGGGAAAGAGUUAAGGCAGUGUUCAUUUAUAGUUUUCACUGACAUGAGCUAUAAACAAAGAUGGACAUUUAAUCAAAAAGCAUAA